AUGUUUCCUCUUCUUCGAAGUCAGUUGAAGUGUUAUCAGGAUAGCCCUCGCUUAGUAAUCUUUUCUUUCUUUCUUUUUUCUUUCUUUUUUUCUUUCUUUCAUUCUUUCUUUCUUUCUUUCUUUCUUUCUUUCUUUUAUUUUAGUUACAGGAAGCCCAACUUUCUUUCUUUCUUUCUUUCUUUUUUCUUUCUUUCUUUCCUUUUUCUUUCUUUCUUUCCUUUUUAUUUAUUUAUUUAUUUAUUUAUUUCUUUCUUUCUUUCUUUCUUUCUUAUAUUCCGUCACUCAUUAAUUAAUCUCUUCUUUCUUUCUUUCUUUCUUUCUUUCUUUCUUUCUUUCUUUCUUAUAUUUUUUUUCUGCAUUUUUCUUUCUUUCUUAUACUCUUUUUUGUUCCAGAAAGCCCCGUUUUCAUUCUUUCUUUUUUUUCUUUUUCUUUUCUUUUUUUUUUCUUUCUUUCUUUCCUUUUUCUUUCUUUCUUUCUUUCUUUUCUUUCUUUCUUUCUUUCUUUCUUUCUUUUCUUUUUUUUCUUUUAUUUCCGGUUUCAUUUUCGUACGUUUUGUUCCAAUCAUUUCACAUUCUUUCUUUUCUUUUCUUUCUUUCUUUUCUUUCUUUUCUUUUUUUAUAUUUUGUUUCUUUCUUUCUUUUUGCUUUUUUUCUUUCUUUUUUUUCUUUCCUUUUCUUUCUUUUUUUUUUUCUUUCCUUUUCUUUCUUUCUUUCUUUUCUUUCUUUCUUUCUUUCUUUCUUUCUUUUAUUUUAGUUCAUCGAAGCCUCUUUUCUUUUUCUCUUUUUCUUUUCUUUCUUUCUUUUUUCUAUUUUUUCUUUCUUUCUUUUUCUUUUUUUCUUUCUCAUUCCGGUUCCAUCACGCAUCCAUUUUCUUUUUUUCUUCAUGCUUCUUUUUUUUCUUUUGAGUCACUUUCUUUCAUUUCUUUAAUCUUUUCUUUCUUUUCUUUCUUUUCAUUUAUUAAUCUUUCUUUCUUUUUCUUCUUCUUUAUUUCUUCUUUAUUUCUAAUAUUUUGGUUCCUCCAUGAGUCACGUUAUUUCUUGCUCUUUCUUUUACUCAUUCUUUCUUUCUUUCUUUCUUUCUUUCUUUCUUCUCUUCUUUCUUUAUUCUCUUCUCUUCUUUCUUUCUUUCUUUCUUUCUUUCUUAUAUUUUCGUUCAACCAUUUGUCACUUUCUUUUCUCUUUCUCUUUCUCAUCUUUUGUUUCCCCUCAUCAUUCAUUCAUUCAUUCCUGUCUCUCUUUCUUUCUCACAUCUUUCGCUACACAUUAUAUCCAUCCAAAUACGCCCACCGCCCCUGCAUUUGCCUUAUUUCUACCCAUUCCACCCAUCCUGCCGAACCAUACUUGACUCAUCAUUUAUCGGAACUCCUUAAGUUCCUCCUUCAAGUUUGUAUCCAUCUUUUUCUUUCUUUGAUGUUUUUCCUUUAUUUAUUUAUUUAUUUCUUAAUCGGAUUUUUCUUUUUAGUCUUUUUUGUCUAUCCUGUGUCUUUCUUUCUUUAUUUUCUUUCUUUCUUUCUUUCUUUCUGUCUAUCUUUCUAUCUAUCAUCUUCUCAAAUCUGUCUAUCUAUCUAUAUGUUCAUUCAUCUCCAUUAUCUAUCUAUCUAUCUAUCUAUCUAUCUAUCUAUUUUAGCUUCUCCAUUAUCUAUCUAUCUAUCUAUCUAUCUAUCUAUCUAUCUAUCUAUCUAUCUAUCUAUCUAUCUAUCUGUUUCAGAUUCUCCAUUAUCUAUCUAUCUAUCUAUCUAUCUAUCUAUCUAUCUAUCUAUCUUUUUUCCUAGCGUUAUUUUCUCUUUCUUUUUCUCCUUUUUUGCCCAUUUUAUUAAUUUUUUGUUCAUUUCUCGAUUUCCUUCCUUCCUUCCUUCCUUCCUUCCUUCCUUCCUUCCUAUCGAUUUUUCUUUCUUUUUGUCCUUUAUGUCCAUAUUGUUUUUUCUUUCUUUCUUUCUUUCUUUCUUUUUUUUAUAUUCCUGGGGAAAUAUUUUUUUGUAUUCUUCUUCUUCUUCUUCUUCUUCUUCUUCUUCUUCUUCUUCUUCUUCUUCUUUCCUCCUCCUUCUUCUUCCCCUCCUCCUCCUUCUUUUCUUCUCCUCCUCCUCCUCCUCCUCCUUCUUCUUCUUCUUCUUCUUCUUCUUCUUCUUCUUCUUCUUCUUCUUCUUCUAUUUUCUGUUCUCUCUUUUUACGUCUCCAAUUUCUCCCCCCCUCUCUCUCUCUCUGCGUCUCUUUCUCUCUGUCUGUCUCUCUCUCUGUCUCUCUCUCUGUCUGUCUUUGACUGUCUCUUACUUUCUCAAUUCUUUAUUUCUCUAUUUCAUAUCACCACCUUUUCUUGUGUGUUUCCCUUUUUCGUUUUCUUUCUUUCUUUCUUUCUUUCUUUCUUUCUUUCUUUCUUUCUCACACUCACGUCUUCCUUCCCAUAUUAUCUUCCUCAUUGAUUGUCUCUCAUUUCAAUUUUCCCAUUCUCUUACUCUCAUUUUCUCUUUCUUUAUCUCCCAUCGCUCAUUUUUUCUCCUCUUCAUGCACUCCCUCUCUCCCUCAUUCCCGUUUUCGCAUUCUCUUCCCUCUGCUUUUUUCUUCUCUCACUUCCUUCCUUCUUUCUCUUCUCUCUCACCUCAUUUUCUUCACAUUCAUACACACCCUCUCUCUCUAAUUUUAUUUAAUACUUCCUCGCUCUUUCUCUUUUUCAUUUUCUUCUCUUUAUCUUCGCUUUCUAACGACCCCCCCUCCGUCAUACUCUCUCUAUAA